AUGACUACAAUCGUAUCAGGUCAACCUCUCGAUGACGACAUGGAGAGCGAGCAAGUAGUGGAUGAAAAUUUGGAUUGGAAUGAUACAAAGCAAGAGGAGUCUCGUCCGGCAACGGUUUCUUCGGUGCAUUCGAACGGAGCUGCUGCAAAGAAGGAACGAGACACUGUUGCUGAGAUUUUGGCAGAGAAGGUGCAGCAAAUUCGUCCCUUAACAAAGAUGAGAUUCACCCGAAAAUUCAAACACUUUGGAAGAGAAAUACAAAAUAUUGAGGAUGAUACAAAUGAUGCGUAUAGGUUUUUUCCACCGGUCAAAGAUCCAAGAUAUCAACCUUCGGAUCAACGAUUAGAACGUGAUUAUGGAAUUCAAUGUGGCGAAUCUCUUGUGGAAAAAGCAAUUCAAACGGAUUGGUUCAGAAAAGUCAAUCACUUCUCUCAAGUGAAUAUUGCAGAGUCGAUAUCCAACCACGAUACAUCAAUGAAAGAUGAUUCGACAGCUGUUAUCCAAUUCCUGAAAAAUAUAUCACCUUUGCUCUUUGAAGCACUAGAUCAAAAUACGACACUCGACAUAUUUAAGGAUGAUUUUGCAGAGUUGAAAAUUGGAGACGACUCCUUCAUAGGAACCAAAUCAGAGUCUCAAUUUAUUGAAAUACAGUCAUUUCCUCAUGCAGUUUCAAAAAUUAGAAAGAUAUCAUCGCUUGAUUGGCAGCCAAAUAACAAGGCAGUGUUAGCCAUCAGCACUAUUGAUAUCAGAGAUUUUAGUACAAGAGUUCUUGAAGGAGGAAAGCCAUCAAUUUCUAAUGUAUACAUUUGGUCAUUUCAAGAUCCAACCUAUCCUAGUUACAUUCUCAACGCUCCUAUGGACGUAAAUUGCCUUCAAUUCAAUCCAUCAAAUCCAAACAUUCUUGUGGGUGGCAUGAUCAAUGGACAGGUAAUACUAUGGGAUAUUGAACAUGGAGAGAAAGAGUUUGAAAAAAUUGAAAUAGAUAUGAAAGGAGAUGAAAUUUCGAAACCUCAAAUACCAACUUUAGACUGGUCACAGCUUUCUCUACCAGAGAUGAGUCAUGCGAAUUGUGUGACUGGCAUUCAAUGGCUACCAAAAGGAAAAAUUGUUAAAAGUAAUGGAAGCAUGGUGUCAGCAGGUGCAGAUGAGUGCUUCCAAUUUCUUACUCUUGGUAUGGAUUCAAAGUUUAUUCUGUGGGAUAUGAGAAAGGAUAAGAGAAGACUUACUUUGAAAAAGAAUGAUAGAUUCAAAGAUGCAUGGAUUCCAUACGCAGUGAUGCCCAUAAUGCAACUUGACCUCACUUCAGAAUUACCGACAUUUGCUCUUUCUGUGAGCACAAAAAAUCCUCAUUCCCUUUGCUGCACGACCAACGAAGGAGAAUUUAUAGUAGCAGAUUGGUCUCCGGUCGAUUCAAACUCAGAGGAAAGCAACAACACCGACACAACAUUCAACACUGUAAAUAUUGCAACAGGAAUUUAUGGGAAAACGAAUGGCCAUCAAGGAAUUGCACAUACCAUUUCUCGAAGUCCAUUCUUUGAUGACAUUCUGCUUACCAUUGGAAAAGCAACUUGUAAAAUAUGGAAAAUUGGAUGUCCAGAUCCUAUUUGGUCCAGUGGAUUCAAAUUUAACACAUCAUAUUCAUGCGGAAGUUGGAGCCCUACAAGACCAGGUGUCAUUCUUCUCGGAAGAACUGACGGAUUUAUCGAAGUUUGGGAUUUUCUUGACAAGUCACAUGAUUGUAGCAUGAUUUCUCACUUUUCAAUCUCUCAACAAAACGUACCCUUAACAGAAAUGAAGUUUCGGGUGGGAUCUGGUAAAACGUCGUAUCAAUUUAUUGCCAUUGGUACUCAGAACGCCUCACUCUCAGUCGUUGAGGUACCAAAGAAUCUCAUUCGGCCAUUACCCGAUGAAGAAAAACAAAUUCGCAACUUCUUUAACAGAGAAUACGAAAAAGUUCUCUACUUUAAGGAGCGAUGGAAAAUUAGAGACAAAGAAUGGGAAGAGAAAAAACUACAACAACUUGACAGAGGAUCUGCAGAUCCUGAAACGAGAUCAGAAACAGGUACCGCUCACACCUCUCAGAGUCAUCCUUCCAUUCAGAAUCAAGAAGCUUCAGCGAAUAGCAACAAUAUGAAUCAAGAAAAGAAGCCCAGUAUUGACAAGGCAGAAAUUAAAAAGAAAUUCCUCACCAUUAUUCAGCAAUAA